AUGAUUCUAACUCUGCUUGAGGACUCCUUGGUACUAUAUGGCUGCUUAGAGGAAAAUUCCUGUAAACUUGUAUAUGAUGACUCUUUCUUUGCUCAAGUUAUGGCAUCAGAAAGCGACAUUGACUUCCAAAAAAAAAAUCUUGUAAUCACAAAUGGCAAGAAUGAAAACUCUCAGCAAAUGCAUAGUAGUAAGCAGUUAAAUGUAGCAGCAAACAAAUUGAAUGAUAUUCCCGAAGCACUGCAAGAGGUCAAAAAACACCUUGGAGGUACAGCAGAAGAAAAUAUAAUGGAGAAAAUAAAAAAGGCAGAGAAAAAGAAUAAAAACCAGAACAAUGAUGUAGACAGAGCAAGCCAUAAAUGGAAAUCAGAAAAUAAUGAAAAACUAGCUGUGCAAACAGAAGAAACAACAUUAGAGACUGGCAAUCCGUUAAUGCUGACAGCUCUGUCUCAUAUUCCUCUGAAAAGCCUAAGUGACAUAGAAACGAAGUUGGUCUACAUUGAUGAGGAUGACAUCUUCCUUGAGUUUGAUGAGCCCAUGGUGCCUACCAGCACACAAUCAGGGUGUCAUGAUUCUGAACAAGCACAUGCUCUGAACAUACCUGACAGCAGCGCUUUGCCCCAUAUCAACAAACAGCUUCAGAUGACCCUCCAGGAAGCCAGGACUUGCUACGGACAGAAGAACUAUGCAGCAGCAGUGGAGCAGUUAUCAACAGCAAUGGAGCUUUUCAGUAAAGGUGCAGCUAUAGACAAUCCCUUUGAGUCACCUCCAGAAGAUCUUUCUAGUAUUGCCAGUUUUAUUGAGACAAAGCUUGUAAUCUGCUACCUAAAACUGAGGAAGCCUGGUGAAGCUCUGAAUCAUUCAUACAGGAGCAUUAUUCUGAACCCAUCUUAUUUCCGGAAUCACCUGCGCCAGGCUGCUGUGUUUAGGUGCUUAGAGAGAUACUCUGAAGCUGCAAGGUAA